CAUCACGCGAAAAUCCCUAGCGCCCCUCUCAUUCUUUCGUCCUUCUUCGUUCUCACUCUUCUGCUCAACGUCUCUCCCUCUGCUUAACGGCACAACAACCAAUUGCAUUCUUCGUCGGUGGUCGAUCUCUCGGGUUCUUUAUUUUUAUUUUUUUCUAAUUCCUUGAACCAUCACUGCCUCAAUUCAACUUGUCGUUUCAAAAGGCCUCCUCUCCAAGGUUCUUUCCUCCACUACCUUCGAUUCUUUGAACACAAUUUCUGCCUGACUGUAAAGCAUAGUUGUCAAGGCGACGCCUAGGCAACAAGGCACCCUUGAAGGAUAAUCAAACAAAGAAUGGAGGAUACCUCACACUCCAUUCAAAGGUUGAAUUUUGAACUUGAUAGAGACAAACGCGGACAUACUAACACAACCAAUAAUUCAAAUGAGGUAAAUCCUUCACCUAACAUAGGUGAACCAGCCAAACCUAAUGAUGAUUUGCCUACUUCUGAAGAAGCAAGAGGCUUUGAUACAAGUAUACAAAAUAAACUCAAGGAAAAAUCAAGUCCUAUUCCUGAAGAGUGGAUCCCAAAGAUUGGCAUGAUUUUUAAAACUGUAGACGAAGCAUAUGAGUUUUAUAAUACAUAUGCUAGAAGGGUGGGAUUUAGUACUCGAAAGGAUAAUAGGGUAUUAUGCAAGCAAACUUGCCAAAUAAGAUUCAGCAAGUUUUGUUGUUCUAAAGAAGGGAAGCGGCGUGAUACAGAUAAACGUAGGCUCAAUGUCAAGAAUCGUCGAGAAGAGACAAGAUGUGGUUGUAUGGCAGCUAUGAAGAUAAGCCGUUGUAAGGAUGGUUGUUAUCGCAUCAUUGAUUUUAAUGAUGUUCAUAAUCAUAUAAUCGCGGCUCCUAGCAAGUCACAUAUGUUGAGAUCACAAAGAACGACUAGUAAGGUAAAAGGUAAUCAAGCUAAAAUGGCAAAUGAUGCAGUGAUAGCUUCAAAAGCAUCAAUAGAAUUGGUCGCCAUUGAAGCUGGUGCUUGUGAAAAUGUUGAGUUUACGUCUACAAAUUUAAAGAAUUACUUAAAUACAUACCGGACAAGGAAAAUGGAGAAGGGGGAGGCAGGUGGUAUUCUACAAUAUUUUGAAGAUAGGCGGUCAAAAGAUCCAUCCUUUGUUUAUGCAAUACAACUUGAUCAAGCUGAGUUAGUUACAAAUUUGUUUUGGGCAGAUGCACAAAUGAUAGUAGAUUAUGCUCAUUUUGGUGACGUGGUAUGCUUCGAUACAACAUUUAGAAUGAAUAAGGAGAAUAGACCAUUUGCAGUAUUUUGGGGGGUGAAUAAUUAUAAGAAAAUAAUUAUUUUUGGUGCUGCAUUGUUAUAUGAUGAAACUGUAGAUACAUUUGAAUGGUUGUUUAAUGUGUUUCUCAAAACAAUGGGAGGAAAAAAACCAAAUACAAUUCUAACUGAUGAUGAUGUAGCUGUGGAAAAAGCGAUUAAUUUGGUAUUGCCAGAAUCACAUCAUCGGUUAUGUGUUUGUCAUAUCUUCCAAAAUGCUGCAAUACACCUUAGUGGUGUAUUUGAGAAGUUCAAGACAUUUUCUAAGGAUUUUAGUAAUUGUCUAUAUGAUUGUGAAAAUGUUGAUGAAUUUGAAAAUGCAUGGGAGAGCAUGAUCAAUAUGUAUGGACUUCAAGAGAAUGAUUGGUUGCAAAGGUUGUAUAGUAAAAGGCAUAAAUGGGCAUUAGCAUUUCAACGACAAAUAUUUUUUGCUGACAUAAGCACAACACAGAGAAGCGAAAGUUUUAAUAGUUGCCUUAGGAAAUAUCUUAAUAUCAGGUAUGAUUUGUUAAUAUUCCUUCGGCAUUUUGAGAGAGUGGUUGCUGUUAGGCGGUAUGAGGAGUUAAAAGCUGAGUUUGCAUCAACACAAAGUACUCCAACCAUGGCAGCACAUGUGGGAAUAUUAGAUUUUACUGCUCAUGUGUAUACACCCCCAAUUUUUUCUCUGUUUCAUAAUGAGGUGUUGCAACAAUUGAAUUGCAAAAUUGAAGAAGAUCAUGUUGUGUCUGAAACAAUAGUUGAAUAUACAAUUUCUGCGUAUGGGGUGAAUCGUCGAUUCAAAGUGAUUUAUGAUUCAAAAAAUGAUUCAGUCAAUUGUAGUUGCAAAAAGUUUGAAUUUGUUGGGAUCUUAUGUAGGCAUGCAUUGAAAAUACUUGAUUAUAGACGUGUGCAGAUGCUACCAUCACGCUAUAUAUUGAAAAGAUGGACUAUCGGUGCAAAAGCGUCUAGCAGUGAAGCAUCUCAUGGCUCUAAUUUGUAUUUUGAUCAAGCUACAAAAGUAGCAACAUAUAGGAAAGAGAUGUCUCAUUUGCUCAUCCAAAUAGUAAAUAAAGCUGCACCUAGUGGUGAUGCUUAUAAGAUGGUUAUGCAGGUAGGAGAAAAGCUGUUGGAAGAUGUGACAAGGUGUUUGAAACAGACAACAUUUGAUCAAUCAUCUGCAGCAUUUGAGAGUAUGCAGGUUGAAAAUGAUAACAUUGGGUCUCCUUGCAUAGAUCUUAAUGGCACACAUGUUGAAAGUGAUAGCAUUGGUAGCACUGGUGGAAGAUCUGUGGAAAGCGGGUUUUCAAAACAAGCGAAAGGAUUUAAAGACAGGGUUUCUACUGUACGCUCUUCUAAAAGGCCAAAAAAUGCCUUGGAAAAAGCAAUAGCUAAGAGGAAAAGACAGGGGGACCAAUCUACCGAAAAAUGCUCUACACAGGAAUGUAGAGAUGAGGGGAAUCUCAAUCUUGUAGCCAAGAAGAUGAUAAUCACAAAUGCACAAGAAUUUGACCACUCUCUCACCUACACACAGGGUUCAAGUUUUGGAGAAAGUAUUCAAACUGUUACAAAUAGAAGUGAUCCGCAAAACACCAUUUCAAAUCAUGUUCAUUUGGAUUUGCAGAAUUUUCACACCAUGUCCCCGCAAUUCCAGCCCCCAUAUUGUUUCAUGUAUAAUCAUUCCGGCUCAUUUGUUAAUAAUCUUCACAUACAAGAUACUGGAGAUGGGCCUCCCACUUGAGCCAUAUGAAAGGUACCUUGGUCUAAGGCGUUAUGGGACCGUCAAACACAGUGGAUUUGGCAUAGGCUUUGAGUGCAUGGUUCUGUUUGCCACUUGCAUUGACUUAGAAUGUGAUCCUUUCCCCAGAUAAUCCGGGGAGGGGGCAGAGUUUUGGCGUUCUCUUCAAGCAUCUGAAUGCAACAUGCUUGAAAAUGUUUACUUUAUUAUUUAAUAUGCACAUUUAGAGUUCUGUUAUUGUUUUAAUAUAUUAAUAUUUAUAGUGUAUAUAUUGAACCUUUUGUAAUUCAUCUUUACUUAUUGAUGGAAAAGAAAAAAGUUCUCUCCCAACAUU